AUGAAGCCUCCUCGGCAUUUCAUAGCUGUGAGAAGCUUUUCAGGGGAAGCCAAGUCAGGUGGGGAGGUGAAGGUCUCGAAAGGCAGCCUCCUGCGUCAGGAAGAUGCCCGCCGGGCCUCCUCAGAGGGGCAUUUCUGGGCGAAGGUCUUGGACACCGGAAACGUGGUCCGAGUCUCCUCUUCUUCAGCUGUCCAGGAACUGAGCGGCACCCACGCUGAGCUCUUGGAGGCUGUGACCAACGGAGAGGAGCGCCUGGAACUUUUCAGACAGGAACGGCUGAUGCGGAGGCUCAGUUCCCUCCAGAGCGGGGACCCAGUUCGGGUCCAGAUCACUUCCUCCUCCAGGCAGAAAGUUCAAGGCGUUGUCCGAUACCGGGGGCCCACGGAGAAGAACAAGCGUGAUACGAGCAUCAUCUUUGGGGUGGAGCUGGUGGGUUCCGCCGCUGGGAAAGGCUUCACCGACGGCUCCUUCAAAGGUCAGAAGUUCUUUUCCUGCCGAGAGAACUGCGGGGUCUUUGUGCCUGUCAACCGUAUUGAGCCGGACGACUUGGCGAAGGGCAGCCCUCCAGCGCCUCCAAGGGGCACUGCCCGGGAAUGCACGAGGAUCCAGCUGACAUCCGGGGAUCCCUUGUCAUCUCCCCAGCUGGAGAUUGGGGACCGUGUUUUCUUCAAGAUGGAAGACAGCACCCCGACGGGUACUGUGGUGUACUGCAACUACUUGCCCAAGAAAACCGAGGUCGGGGUGUUUGUGGGUAUACACCUGGACAAGCCAGUCGGCUCCUGGGAUGGUUAUUUGAAAGAACACAAGCUCUGCCAUAUCCCAGCGCCAGAGUAUGGGAUUCUCUUGCCGAUUUCUAAAGUACAAAAAGAAGAGCCAAACAGAAGCCCCGAGGCCUUGGACAGCAAUUCGUCCCCACCUAUCUCGGCCUUUUUUGAUUGCCCAUCCCCAUCAUCCAUCCGGUACCCACCAAGGAUGGAGGGGUGUUCACCCAAGGAAUCUCUGUCCCUGUUCCCUCCCCUUGGCUCGGAGAAGCUGAAACGGACACUUAGAGUCGCUGAGAGGAACCAGGAGGAGCAGGAGGCAGGUGAAGACGAUGAGGGGGAAGAGGAUGACCGAUACGACCACCAUCUCCUGGAGAUCAACUCCAUGGUGGAAGUUAACGAUCCACCAAUCUACGGGGUGAUCCGCUGGAUUGGGGAUCUACCUGACACGGAGGAAACUAUUGCCGGUCUGGAGCUGGAGGAGCCGCUAUCUUCAGGCUGCACAGAUGGACAGUACAGAGGGACCCGCUACUUCCGCUGCCCACCCAACAAGGCCCUCUUUGUCAAGUUGCGUCACUGUCGGCCCGACUCCCGUUUCGGCAUGGAGCAGAAUCUGGAGAAUCCCGUUUUGCGGUGCAAUUCGUUGGAUUUCCACGUGUAUGCCAGUGCGAAAGUAGAAGAGGACACUCCACCACCGCCACUGGGUGAUCGUGACAUAGAGCAUCUCUUGGGAUGGAAGAAAGGAAUCCAGGGACACUGCAAUUCCUGUUAUCUGGAUGCCACGCUUUUCUGGUAUCCAUAG